UUAUUAAGUUUCCCAUAUUUCUCCAAAAGCCAUGGCUACUACUCUUCUAAUUUCUUUUCUUCUCCUCUACUUCUCGGUGGCCGGAGAGUCCAUCGGGGUAAACUACGGCACUCUGGCCAACAACCUUCCGUCGCCGGCUCAAGUAGUGAACUUCCUCAAGACACAGACCAUCAUUGACCGCGUUAAGAUCUUCGACGUUAACCCCGACAUCCUCCGGGCCUUCGCCGGGAGUGGGAUCGCCGUCACCGUAACGGUAGGUAACGGAGAGAUCGUGGGACUGAAGGAUCCAAAGGUGGCCCGGAGAUGGGUAUCGGCUAAUAUAAAGCCGUUUCAUCCAAGAACCAAAAUCAAUUACAUUGCGGUUGGGAAUGAGGUGCUUCAUUGGGGUGAUAAGUUCCAAGUUGCUGGCCUCGUCCCAGCUAUGCAAAGCCUCCACCAUGCUCUUAUUCUCGAGGGCAUUAAAGAUAUUAAGGUAACAUCUCCUCACUCUCUAGGAAUACUCUCAGCGUCAGAGCCACCAAGCUCCGCUCGGUUCCGGCGAGGCUACGACAGAGCAGUCUUCGUGCCAAUGCUGAAGUUCUUGCAAGAGACGAACGCACCAUUGAUGGUUAAUCCUUAUCCCUACUUCGGCUACAAUCCCAAAAUGCCCAACUAUUCUCUAUUCAAGCCCAACCGUGGCAUCCGUGACCCCAAAACCGGCAUUACCUACACCAACAUGUUCGACGCCCAGAUGGAUGCAGUACAUACGGCGGCCAAGGAUCUCGGCUUUGGAAAUGUGGACCUGGUUAUUGGCGAGACCGGUUGGUCGUCGGCCUGUGAAUGGGAGGUUUGCUCGAUCGAGCACGCGAGGGACUACAAUGCUAAUCUUAUUAAGCAUAUUAAUUCAGGAAAAGGAACACCAUUGAUGCCCAACCGCAAGUUUGAGACUUAUCUCUUUGCUUUAUUUAAUGAGAAUCUGAAACCCGGUCCUCUUGGUGAGCGCAAUUGGGGUCUUUUUCAGCCUGAUUUCACUCCCGUUUAUGAUGUUGGCAUUUUGCGCAAUGGACAGCGUCCUGGACCUGGUGGCGGAGGUGGUGGCAGUGGAACAGUAGGGAAGAAAUGGUGCAUACCGAAGUUGGAGGCAAGCGGCCAAGCAUUGCAGGCCAAUAUAGACUACGUAUGCAGCUCAGGUGUGGACUGUAAGCCCAUUCAACCUGGUGGCUCCUGCUUUCAGCCCAAUGAUGUGAGGUCCCAUGCUUCUUUCAUCAUGAACUCUUUCUAUCAAAUCAACGGUCGACACGAUUACAACUGUGAUUUUGCCAAGACUGGACUCCUUACUUCAUCCAAUCCAAGUCACGGUUCAUGUGUAUACGUCUAAAAAUUGGACGAGCUGUGGAAGAUGAUCAGAACCUUCAAUAAUUCAAAUUAUAAGGAAAUUUUGAUAGGAAUCCAAAUCUCUUGAUGUUUAAUAAUUGUAUUACUAGUGUCAUAUGUAUCCAUUUGAAACUAUUUUUUCUUUUCCUUCGAAUAUUUAUAUAAUAUUGGGCGAUGAAUUGAGGUCGAUAAAAAAUAGUGUCGUAUGGUACGAGUAGUACAUGCUAACUACUAAAGUUGUAAAUUCCUUGUUGCGCUAAUUGAAAUGAUAUAUAUCUCAGUGUAAAAUUGACCUGUUA